GCCUCUCGGUUGCCCCGGCACAAAGCAGCCUGAUGGGCAUCUACAACGGGGAGGAGUUUGUGUUUGAGGAGAGCAGCUGGUACAUUGUCAACCUCCUCAAGCUCCUCUGGCACUAUGGGCUCAACCCCCUGAGGAUGUACAUCUGGGUGGAGAACGUCCUGGACAAGUUCAUGAGGAUCUAUCGCUACCAGGCGCACGACUACGCCUUCAGCAGUAAUGAGAAGCUCCUCCACGCCCUCGGAGGGAAGGACUUCACCCUCAUGCUCAACCAGACCAUUGAUGAAGCCAUGCAGAGGGCUGGCUUCUCCCACAAGUUCAUAAACGAGCUGGUUUGUCCGGCCAUGAGAGUCAAUUAUGGGCAAGGUGUCAGCAUCAACAGUUUUGUAGGUGCUGUUUCUCUGGCAGGGGUGCAGUCGGGUCUUUGGUCGGUGAAAGGGGGAAACAAACUCAUCUGCAGUGGUCUUCUCUACGCCGCCAAAGCUGAAGUUAUCCACGGCAACGUUCUGUCAAUAGAGCAAAAAACCAGACCCAGGUCCACGGGGGAGCCGGUGAAGCUCUACCAGGUCACCUACAACACUACCUCGGGGCUGUCGGGGGACAUGUACGACAUCGUGGUCAUCGCCGCUCCGCUGGGCCGCAGCAUGGCCAACAUCACCUUCAAGAGCUUUGACCCCCCCGUCCCUGAUUUCCAAAAUCCUUACCACCAGACCGUCACGACGCUGGUGCACGGGCGUUUAAACGCCUCCUUCUUUGGUUACCAAGACCCAUCAGCCUUUCAUUUCAACGCCAUCUUCACCACAGAGAACCCCAAACUCUUCGUCAACAGCCUCGGGGUGGUGUCUCCCGUGGAAGAUGUAAGCACUGAAGGGAAGCUGCCCUUGCAGUCGGCCGUCUGGAAGGUGUUUUCUGAGGAGGUGCUCACCAAAGAGCAGCUCAGUUUGCUUUUCUCCUCCUACGACUCCGUCAAGGUGAAGAAGUGGUUGGCAUACCCCCAGUACAGCCCCCCUGAAAAAUGUCCUCCUGUUAUCCUCCACGACAACAUCUACUACUUGAACGGCAUGGAGAGGGCUGCCAGUGCCAUGGAGAUGAGUGCCAUUGCAGCCAAAAACGCCGCCCUGCUCGCCCACCACCGCUGGCACGGCCACGCCCACAAGAUUGACCAGGAGGAUCUGCAUGAGAAGCUCAAAACGGAGCUUUGA